GGGGAGGUCUGCUCCUUUUAAAAAAACUAACGUAACAUCACGCGUGUUGCUCUGUCGAGGGAGGACUGUUUGUUGUGUUAAAAUUGCAUGCCAGGCGCCUGCGUUUGACCUGCGUCAACAUCAGUCGCAUUUUCAACACCCACAGAAACUGAAAGGAACAAGAAACCCAAAGAUGGUGCGGCUGUCCCCGUCCCCGGUUCCGGACGUGUCCCCUCCCCCUGAGCGAUCUGAGGAGGGGAAGGGGAGCCCGAAAUCAGCCUCGCCCUCCAGCCCAAGCCCGCUGCAGCUGGCCCUGUCCACGUCCACCACGGCCUACCACAGCUACGACACCUACAUCGAGGACAGCCUCAUCUGCCUCAAACACAAGAUCCGAAACAUUGAGAAAAAGAAGCUGAAACUCGAAGACUACAAAAGACGUUUAAAGAAUGGAGAGACUCUCAAUAAAGACCAGAUGGAUGCCGUAGAGAAGUACGAUGAAGUCAUCCACAAUCUUGCAUUUGCCAAAGAACUUCAGAAAACCCUGGGAGCCCUCACCCAGGAUCUGCUCAGGUCUCAGAGGAAGAUGGCGAAGCGGGAGCAGACAACGCGGGCGGAGCUGGAGAGGAAGCGCCUCGGCACGGUGCUGCAGGUGCACCACGUCCUGCAGAGCCUGCAGCGGGAGCACGUGAGGAAGGACCUGCGCAGCGGCGCCAACCACGCCCCCUUCCUGCCCGCCCGCGACCUGGAGCACCUGCUCGAGUUCGCCGCCAUGCUGGGCUGCAAGAGGGACGAGAGCAUGAGUUUGGAGGACCAAAUGGAGCAGGCAGCCAAUGUGUACUGGGAUCUGAUGGAGGGUCGAGACAUCCCUGUGGCAGGGACCACUUAUAAGCACAUGAAGGAGCUCUUGUCCAGACUGAUGGAUUGUGGGUACUUUGAACGCAUCCCAGUUCCUCACAGUGAGGGCCUGGAAGAGGCUGUGGACCAGCUGACCAGGAAGGCCGAGAGGCUGUCGAAAUCCUCAGGGAGCAGCGCAGUGCCACCCAAAUCACUGAGUGCCAAUGAAGUUUCAACCAGGGAGUUCCUUAACAGAUGCUACUUGCCGAAAACGGACUUCUCUGACCGAGGUCAAAAUGACCAGACUCGAGCCUCGAAGGAGAGCCGCAAGGCAGAUUUAACAGCACUCAAAGAGCAGGAGCCCCCGGACUCCUGGGAUAUGGAGUUUGCGGACAAGCCCUCCUCUCCGCCUCCCACCGUCACCCAGAAACCCUGGAGAGGGGCGGCGACCUUUGUCCCCAAAGAACAGGUGACCGUGCAGAGACCCAACCCUGAACCGAAACAGAGACGAGAGAAGUCCAAAGGACCGCAAGAUAACAAAUCGGUUGUGAAGACUGAGGCUGCAGUGGAGGUGUUCAGCUCCCCCUCUCCCCUGCCCCAGGACCCCGUCCUACGGAAAGCGCAGCUUCAGGACCUGAUGGAGCAGAUCCAGGGCUCUUUCUGUUUUAUGCAGGAUUCUGUGCUGGAGAGAGAGGGCUCUCCAACAAAUGGACUUUCUAGGGGUUUUCGAUCUUUGACUAGACCCUCCACACCUGCAGCAGCUCCAAAGGACCCAACAAGAAGUCCAGUGAACUCCCUGUCAAAAGCCCUGCAUUCGACCCCUUUGCCAUCCAGACUUCGCCCAGGUGAUGGCAAAAUUGGCAUGACCAAUGGAGACCGCUCCCUGAACCACUCGGACCUGGACCUCACUGCCGAUGAAGUGGCUUGUGAGAACGUCCAGCUGUCCAAGAGCGAGAGCCUUUCUUCCCCGUCUCUGUAUCACCGGGAGUCCAUCCUCUCCUCUCCCCUGGCAGAGGACACUCCAAGUCAGGCCCCCGUCUCUCAGGCCAGUGUGAUGUCUCCCUGUAACGGAGUGGCAAACCCCCUCAGCCACCCCCCACCCCCCUUCUCCCCUCCGCCCAGCAGCCACACCCUCAGCAUGGCCGCCACCGCCCCCCCCUUCCAGACCGUGCACACGGUGUUCAAGAUCAGCACCCCUCUGACACCCCGCAGCGACUCUGACCUGAAACCGGACGGGGGUGCUUUCCCAGACUCCGACAGCCUGACCGUCGCCACGGCGAGCACACAGACCCCGCCUGAUUUCGUUACCCUGGAUAAGGACCACCUGCCAGUGUCCUCGUACCCCCCGGAGAGCCCGGUCAGUAAUGGCUGCCAGGUGUACCUGUCCCCGGGUCAGCCCGGCGGCUCGCUCUCGCGCUCCGGCCCGCCGUACUACACACGCAGCUCCGCUAGAGGUAUGGCGCGCGGCCGCAGGGGGCUGGCUCACCCCCUCCACUCACCCCGCGGGCACAGAGGGGGACUGGAGGGGUACAGGACUGGUAUACGUUCUCCAGGGGGCAGCUUCAUUCCCCAGCCCCACGGCACCAGGGAGAUCACCCCCGUCCUGUAUGGAGUUCAAGAUACAGGAUACCACCAAAGCUACAAACGUGGAAGCAUUACUGGUGGACAGCGAAACCAAUCUAGAGCUGCCUGGAGCGACUCGUCCCAGGUGAGCAGCCCAGAGCGGGACGGGGACACGUACGCCAGCGUGGACUCGGGGCACGGGGACUCCCGCUGCAUCACGCCCAUCGACAUGCCCGUGGCCGGCCAGGGCCCCACCCUCAUGCCCGUGCACGUGUACCCGAUCGCCCCGCCCAUGCGCGUGGCCUUCUCCGCCGCCCGCACCGUCAACUUCACCCCGGGCACGCUGGACCAGACCAUCGUGUUCGACCUGCUGCACAGCAACCUGGGCGACACCUUCGACAUGCACCUGGGCCGCUUCCUGUGCCCCGUGGACGGCACCUACGCCUUCUUCUUCCACAUCCUCAAGCUGGCCAUCAACGUGCCGCUCUACGUCAACCUGAUGCGCAACGAGGAGGUGAUGGUGUCCGCCUACGCCAACGACGGCGCGCCCGACCACGAGACGGCCAGCAACCACGCCGUGCUGCAGCUGUACCAGGGCGACCGCAUCUGGCUGCGGCUGCACCGCGGCGCCAUCUACGGCAGCAGCUGGAAGUACAGCACCUUCUCCGGCUACCUCCUGUACCAGGACUGAGUGAGGCCUGCUGGCCGUGCCGCGCGGUUUGGGGCAGCAGCGGCGGUCACGUAGUGCGCCGUCCAGGAGAUUUGCACUUAAACACUGUCACUUUCGUGUGUGUGUGUGUGUGUGUGUGUGCGUGAAUGUGUGUGAGCGAGGAUAUGCUGCAUGCUACAUCCACUUCACUAGCCUCUGCUCAUCCAGUGCUCUAGAUUAGAUGGGAGUGGGGAGGUGGUGGGUGGUAAGAAGGCUGCUAUUGCAGUGCACAGAGGCAUGGCUGAUUGGCUAUCGCACUGCUCGUGCCCAUGCUAUAACUGCUCAUGCACCAGUGGAAUGUGGAACCAGUCUAACUUCCUGCUUGUACGCAAGGUCAUAUGAUUACUAGUCAAGUUGUAAACUUUAUUUUUAUUUUUUUUGUGUGUGUGUGUGUAAGGAUACACAUAUAUGCCUUAAACAUGCACAUUUUCUUUGGUAAAAUUAGACCUUGAUAUGCAUUGCAGGUAGCUGGUUAUUCUUUACAAUGGUUUGGAUUGUAUGAGCUUCCACUACUUAAUGUAACCUCUUGAUGCUUCUUAUGUAUUCUGUAUGUAUGACCCAGUAAGCGGCAUGUCUGAUGUUUUUUGGGAGACAUUUAAGGGUACCAAGCUUUAGGUUUGUCCUGGAAGUAUUUAGAAUUGGUACCGUGUUCCCAGAAUUAUUUUUGUGUUACUGUAUGAUUGGGAUGAAUGUAGCUGAAAUUACUUGACAAAAAAAAACAUGGCACUUUAACAAUUCAGUGUUGCCUUGCUGUCAGGGCGAUGGGGUGCUUUACUGUCAUUGCACACCACAAACGGUCAUGAUCUUGUCUGGCUGUUGGGUUAUGGCAGUAAAUGCUCUAUAAGGGAUCUGUGAAAAUGACCUUUUGCCUCAAUAAAAAAAACGAAAAUGCA